CUGAGAUUUUGAGACCGUUGACCAACACUGAUACUUGUAUACGCGUAAAUCGCAAAUAAAUUUUUGUUGUGCCGUGUAAUGUUUUUAUAAAAGUGCUAAUUAGUCGACGGAGGACAUGUAAAAAGCAGCUUGACCCACACCAUUGACCUAACAAACACGGAGGAGGAGGAUGUACUUUCCCGUGGGCUGGCCCAAGCGGGUUGGUCUUGCGCUGCCCGGAGAGGGCGCCUGCAUCCGGCACAUUUGCUGCGACGCCGUCAAGAUACUCGUGGCCGCCGUUGGCGAUGACUUCCUGGGAAUUUGGUACGCAAACCCUCUCAUCCCCAUCGCCUACUUUCGCCGAUCCGAGGACUCACUGCGGCAGUAUGGCUCCAACCAGCUGAUCGUAUGGAAGCCGGACUCCCGGCAACUGGCCGUGCUAAGCGCCGGCGGCGCCCUGCUUCUUUACCAGUUGGAUUUCGACGCCAAUGGCAGCGGAAUCCUGCUUCAGGUGGAUCCGCCAGCCGCGAGCCUGAAGCGGGACUCCGCCGAGUUGUUCAUCAAGGAGAACAUCCCGCGUCUGAGCCUGCGCGAGUUGUGCAGCGUAACGCUGGGCUCCGUCAUCACCACUGUAUGCUGCAUCAGCCUGAGCGAACUGCUCCUGGCCACGCAGUCGUGCGAGCUGCUGCGGCUGCAGUGGGCGCAGCUGGAGCUGGCUGAAAACGAACUGGAGGUACCCGCCCUGGCUGCCAUCAAGCUGCGAGACAUUCCCUUCUACGUGCAGCAGCAGCAGGCGCAGCAAGGCUCCGCCCGGAAUGUGCCACCCUUAAGCCGAGACUCCUACAUCGCAUCGCUGGAAUACUCGCCAUUCAUUGGUGGCUGUGCGGCCGUAUUCAGCGAUCGGCGGGCCGCCUUUCUAAUUGCCAACCACCUGAAGUUCGAAACGGAUCACAUGCAUGGCUUUUGGGUGCCUGACGUGGAGGAUGCCAGCGUGUGUAGCGUUAACCACAAGUUCCGGCUGCUGGCCUACGGUCAGGAGAGUUCCGGCGUGAAUGUAUAUGCAAUUGACGAUGCCACCGGUGGACUGGAAUUUUCGCACCGCCUAAUGCUCACGGAGAACGUGUUGCCCGGCAGCUUGGGGGCAGUCAACGAGUUGAAAUGGAGCCCCGACGGCUGUGUAUUGGCCGUGAGCUGGACGAAUGGCGGUCUGUCGCUGUGGAGCACAUUCGGAGCCCUGCUGAUGUCCACUUUGAGCUGGGAUUUUGGUCUAAACGUGGAUCUUUUACGACAGAAUCCGCUCAAGCUGCGUCGCCUGGAGUGGUCUACCGAGGGCUAUCAGCUGUUUAUGCUUACGCAGCAGUUGCAGGGCGACCGAGACAAGGAGCAGAGUAACGUACUGCAGCUGCAGUUCCUGAAAAGCGCACUGAGCAUGAACCCCUGCAUGACCACCAACCCGCACAUCCUACUGCAGGGCGACGAUUGCCUGUACCUUAACCAAGGCAACAAUCUGGAACGGACAUAUGCCGGCAGUCAGUCCACAUUCCCCUCAAGCGGCGUGGGCACGGAUCAGGCAGCGGCGGAUAGCGAUGGCGACUGCUUAGAGCUGAAGCAGAGCCCGCACACGGGCAGCAUUCUCACGGAAAGCAAGUACUGGACCGUUCUACAGCUGCCGCUGAACUAUGCGGCCACCAACUGGCCCAUUCGGUAUGCAGCAAUUGAUGCUGACGGACUUCAUCUGGCAGUGGCUGGUCGGACUGGACUGGCCCACUAUUCACUGGUGAAUCGUCGCUGGAAACUCUUUGGCAACGAGUCGCAGGAGAAGGAUUUCGUCGUCUCCGGUGGCCUGCUUUGGUGGCAAGGCUUCGUGGUGAUGGGCUGCUACUCGCUGCUGGAUCGCACGGACGAGCUGCGCUGCUAUCCGGCGGAGUGCAAGCUGGACAACCAGUUUGGACACAAGUUGCAGGUUCGGGCUCCGGUGAUCAGUCUGAACUCCUUCCGGCACCAGUUGAUCGUGCUUACGGCAGAUGGAAUUGUGAGUUUGUUCAAUAUGACCAAGAAAUCGGCCUACGCCCUGGACAUCGAGUGCGCCUACGAGCUGGACGUAAAGAGUAUCUGUAUCCAUCCUGCAUGUAUUGUGAGCCUGACGGUCACCAACCUUAAGAAUGAGCUGAAGCCUCCGGGACAGCACCUGGCGGCGGGUGCAGAACAGGCGGAGACGAUAAUUGUGAACGUGUGCGGACGCAUCCUGAUGAUUCAGCGCGACGCCGGCGAACAGGUUCCCAACACCUUACUGGCCACAUGUCUGGCAAGCUGCGUGGAAGUCUUUUGGCUGUCUCACUCCCUGGAGCGAUGUGCGAUGCGCGACUGCCUCUGGCUGUACUCUGGAGCCCAUGGCAUGCGUGUGUGGCUGCCCAUCUUGCCGCCGGGCAGAGAGCGACGCGAGGGAGAGCAGGGCGGCGCUCAGCGGUUGCACAGCUUCAUGUCCAAGCGUAUCAUGUUGGGCUUUCCGCUGAAGCUCUAUCCACUGGUCGUGCUCUUCGACAACGUGAUUGUGCUGGGAGUGGAGAACGAGAGCACGCUGUACGCCAACGAGGCGGGCUCCCAUUUUUCACUGCCGUUCGCCACGAUGGAACGCAAGUCGCAGAUCUACCUGCACAAGGUGCUGCGUCAGUUGAUCAAACGGAAUCUCGGAUAUUCGGCGUGGGAGAUUGCGCAGUCGUGUCGUUCGCUCCCUUACUUCCCACACGCUUUGGAGUUGCUUCUGCACGAGGUACUGGAAGAGGAGGCCACCAGCAAGCAGCCGAUUCCGGAUGCCCAAUUGCCCAGCAUCCUGGACUUUAUACGUGAGUUUCCCGUCUACCUGGAGACCAUAGUGCAGUGCGCCCGCAAAACGGAGAUUGCCCUGUGGCCGUACCUCUUCUCCAUGGCCGGUAAGCCGAAGGAGCUGUUCCAGUUGUGCCUGCAGUCGGAGCAGCUGGACACCGCUGCCAGUUACUUGAUUAUACUGCAGAACUUGGAGCCUUCGGUGGUGAGUAAGCAAUACGCCACCAUGCUGCUGGACAUUGCGCUGCAACAGCGCAAGUGGGAGCUAGCCAAGGACUUGAUCCGCUUCCUGAAGGCCAUCGACCCGAACGAGAUCGACUCACCGCGCUCCUCAAUGGUGGUGAAUGUCAAGAUUGCUCCGCCGCCGCAGGUGAACACGCAACAGCAGGUGAACCAGAAUGCGGAUGCCUUCAACAUGGUCCUAGGUCCCAUCGCCCGUGAGCGCAGUUUCUCCACCACUGUAACCAGCAAUCUGCCCAAGGACAAGCAGGCAUUGGCAGCAGGCGGAGUGCCGCCUGUGGCGGAAUCAAGUAGUUCCGGCCCACCCACGGUUGUGCGUCGUCGGUCCACGAAGCAGCGAGAGACAUUUUGCAUCGAUCUGAUCCUCCAGCGCCAUGCCCGUCAAUUACUGCAGAACCACAAACUGAUGGAUCUGGGCUAUAUGUGCGCCUACCUGGACUUCCAUAUGGUCACGUGGCUGUCGCAAGAAGCAGAGAAGGCGGCCAAACUAGACGAUUUUGCCGGUGCUCUGCUGGCACUGCACGCGGAGCUCCAACUGCCCAGUCCAUUUCCUCCGCCAGCAAAGGAUGACUUUGCUCAGCUGCGCGUUAGCCACCGGCAGACAGGUGGUGGCGCAUCCUCCUCGCAGACCUCGGAGUCUGGCUACUUUAGCCUGGCCACGCCUAACGGUGCAGCCACUCAGUCGCCGCAGCUUCAACCGAUCAUCAAGGAGGAGGAGGCGGAAGAGCAGCAGCAGCCCAGUUCGCUGCCCGUCCUGAAGACGCGUUCCGGAUCGCAAUUGUCAUUCGAUAACUUCCGCUACCGUCGAUUGUACUCCCUGCCAGCCUCCGAGGAUGACUUGGCCGUGGAUCCACUGCCCGCGAAGCUGUCCAUUAAGCUGCGUUAUUUGCUACAGCUCUUCAACGAGGCCAAUUGCACGGACUAUGCCCUUGUGUUGUCAAUCCUGCUACAGGAUGCUGCCUCCAUAUCGCGGAUCGUCAAUGGGAUAAUCCGUAGCGAGUCGGUGCACACCUGCCGGCGGACGGAGACAGCAUUGAAGCAGCUCAGCCAGAGCACCUUCGAUCACAGCGGUUCUCUGUACCGGGGAUUCGUGCUCACCUUGCAGCCGCACGUCUAUCUGUUGGAGCAGUACAUUCAGUCGUUGGGAGAUGCAGCUAACACGCCUCUUCAAGACGUCGGCACGGCUAACGAACAGGGAGUGGAUGGGGCGGCGGGAAUCCAUGAGCUCGAGGACGAGGAGGUAGAUUUUGUGCCAAAAUCCCAGCAGGCGAAUGGCAACCAGUGGACGGUAACCACCGGCGACCUGCGGCCAAAUCAACAGCGACUCACACGGCACGCCAGUCUCGAAUCGAAUGGGAACGCCACGAUGGUCAGCGGCUCCUCCGCCCAGUCCACGCCCACGCAGCGCCAGCUGCCAAGGCAGAGCGGCAGUGGUGAGCGCGAGGGCUGUCGCCUCAUGUAAGCGGUUAGCCGGAGUCCGUAAUCCGCCAGCCGUGAGCCGUUAGCCGCGAGCCCGAACCCGAAAGCCGUCAGACGUAAGCCGUGAACCGUAAUCCGUAAACCGUGAGUCGUAAUCCGUACGCCACAUACUCAGUGCAAGGACGUAGUAGAUAUAUACGUACUCAAUACGUGUGUACUUUUUGUAACUCCGUGGCGGAAAGCCUGGUUUUUGUUCGCCGUAACUUGUUGUUGAAUUUUUCCGUUAAUUGUAAGUCAGCGUACACACACACACACACACACACACACACACAAACUCAUACAGAAUUAGUGAGACAGGUGGGAUUGGGUCCCGGAGGAGGAACACGCAGACAACGAAGCGAAAAUAAACAUCCGUGUAAACGUAUGAAGCAUACGUAACGUAAUCCAUAAUUUAGUAGAUGAAAUUUGCUGCAAUAUUUGUUAAUUAAAAUUAUACAAACAAUAUACUUAAAUA